ACCCACUGCCCGGCCCGGCCCCCAGCGGGCAGCGCCCACCCGCUGCAACCCACUCGCCACAAGAGGAGCCUCAGCAUUAGGCUAGGGUCUCCUUGCGCACUGGACUCUGAGGUCUGGGUCAACCAGCCACCGCCUCCAUCCCACUUCCUCGGGGUUCAUUUCCCUCUUGCUUCCGCUCCUGGAGCCUGCCUCAACGCUGCUGAGGUUGUCUGACUCCUCCGUCCCCUGCCCCAAAAAGACCCUUCGUGGGGGCGAACCCCUUUCCAGAGUAGUGCAGGGGUGGACUUCUGACCCAGAGGGACCGGGUUUGGCGUCCAGCUCCACCUAGGCAGUCACAGGUUCUGCCCCAUUCCUAGAGGGCCUGGCACAGAGGUGACAAUAAAUGGAUGCUGGUUUUCUUUCUUUUUUCUUUUAAGCUCUUCACAAAAAGAUGGGGCCAGGAAGGACCUGGCAUGCAGCUGUGUAGUGCCUGGAGUCACUAGUACCUACAGACGGAUCCCGGAUGCAGCUCAUGGUUGCUCAUCAGAUUCCCAGAGGGAAGAGGGUGAGCUGAGAAAUCUCAGAAGGCAAAUGCCACUUCUCAAACUGGCCUGCCGGGAUUCAGGUGUAGAGAUGGUGGCUGGGGACAGCCCCCUGGCUACCUUACCAGAACUUUUGCAGGACUCUCUGGACCUUGAGCCCAUGGGGAACCCUGAGCACCUGGCCCUUGCUGCCAAAGAGCCCCCUGCCCAGCUUAGCCGGCUGCUGGCAAACCAUAAGCUGGAACAGGUGCUGGAGCGGUCCCGCCGGCUCCCCAGCUUGUCUGGACAGCAUGGUUCCCGGAGCAAGCCAGAGUGUGGAGUACCCCUUUUUGGAGCAGAAGAGCAAGAGACCACUGAGGCAGAAACCAAGCUAGAGGCAGGCCUGGAAGCAGAGGUGGUGAGGAGCGUGGAUCCUGGGUCCUUGGCCUGCCUCCCAGGGCAGGGUCUUCGCUACCUAGAACACCUGUGCCUGGUGCUGGAGCAGAUGGCGAGGCUCCAGCAACUUUAUCUACAGCUGCAGACCCAGAGACCCCCUGGGGGUCUUGAAGAGGAGGAGUCAGCACUGACCCCUUUACCGUCACCUUUACACACCCCAGUUAAUGGGGUACAGGGACCAGGGGAGCUGCUAAGCAAGACUAAGGAGACAGGGGCAGCUGCAGCUUCACCCCAAAAGGUGAGAGUGCUCAGCAUCAACCCUCCCAGACUGACAGAGGCCCCAGUGGAACCAUCUCACAGUUUUCUACUCUCCCAGGGACACAAGGAUCUCUCCCACUGGGACAAGGUCAAGGUCCUCCUCAAUCGGAUCCGUUGGAGGAGCCCCCAACUUCCUGAACCCCCUGCCCCUCCUGAUGGUUCCGGCCCUAGGAUUGAGUCUAAGGACCUCUCUGAAAGACCUCAGUAUCACCCCCACCCGAAGACCUUUAUGCCAUCAUUAGUGGUUAAAAAACGACGAGGAAAAAACCUUUCUGUAUACUGAGACCUCUUGGCACACCUGGUGACUCUGGGUGGAGGGGAUUUACUGUGAAGUCUUCCUCACUCUUUGCCCUGUUGCUGCUUCUCUGCAUUGCCAGGGAAGGAUGCUGACUUGCCCUUCUCCAAGGUGAGGGCUAAGUCUGUCUCUUCUGAGCAACCUGGCAGAGGAACCCUGGUUCCUUGAGAGGCCCCAAGGUGCAGCAGCUCCAGGGCUCCUCCUCCUUGCCAGAAAUCCCUCUGCUUAGACAAUGUGAACUAACUUAUUUAUCAGAUACCCAUGGAGCAUGUUUGGCACAGUGAUGUCUGGACCCAGCAUGUUGCAGAUGUGCUUAUGCAUCUUUGUGGGACUAUCAGUAUUGUCAACUGGCUGGAUACAACCAUCCCUACAGGAAUCGUGUAUCCAAAUGGUCAGCCUUCUGGGCGAGGUAACUGGAAGAAUGAAGCUGACCUUCAUUCUAUAGUGAUCAGUUACUGAUAUAGAUUCCUGUGCUUCUCCUCAUACCUGAAUUGGCAGCCCUAGAACAGAGAAAGUCACUGUCCUGGUUCCCUCUGUAUUGAGUCUUGUCCCUGGAGCACAGACCCUGAAGACCACACAAGGAAUUGGGAGGCUCAGGGACAACGUGGAAAACAGCAGAAUAACCUUCAAGGUCAAUUCUCAGCUGCUCUGCUCCAUAUUAUCUUUUAUGUGUCAGAACUGAAACCAGAAGCCCAUACUAGCUUUUAGGCCUUGACAAAGUCUGUUAACUUCUGAGCCACAGCUUCCUAUUUGGGAUAAUGAUGCCUACCCUGCCUACCUCACAAACGUGUUAUGAGGAUAAAAUGAGA